UUCCCAGCCUGCCCCGGCGUUAUUUAUUUCAACUCACACCGCUAUUCAAAUGAGCGCACGGCCUGCGUCACUUGAGACGCAGCUAGCCCCAGGAAGAGGCACCGCCCCACCGCUCGCUUCACAGACGACAACAGCUACUUCUUCCUCUUGAGAACUUGCUUCUUUUUUUCCGCUCGGAAGAACAACGCCACAACGACACCAUGUCUAACACGCCCGAUAACGCGAUCGCUCUGUCAGGAAUGAGCGGGUGGAAGCAUUCCCUGCUGUCCUGCUUCGACAACUUCGGCAUCUGUGCGCUCACCUUUUGCUGCCCGUGCUACAUCGCGGGAAAGAACGCUCAGGCCGUCGGGGAGAAUUGCAUGUUCCACGGAGCACUGACCUGCUGCGAGCCGGCAGGGGCGUACUCCCGGGCUUACGUCCGUGCCAAGAUCCAGGAGAAGGAGGGCCUACCAGCCGAUUUCGUCUCCAACUUCCUCAUCCAUUUGACCAACCCUUGCUGUGCGAUGAUCCAGGAAUACAAGCAGCUCGGAGGGACGCUGCCAGUUCCCAAGAAACCGGCGGCAGCCGCGGCAGCAGCAGCAGAACCAGCCGCCAACGCCGAGGCACCGGCCACGGAGGAGGUCCAGCGCACGUAGACAAACUUUUGCCGAUACCUGCCCGGGACCAGUGGUCCUUCACACCGUAGCGCUCUCUGGACUGCCGCGGUACACCUUGACGACAAACACGGAUAAUUCAACCUGAAGCUGACGACCAUGUACAUACCGACAGCGCAAGCAGCAACAAGCAAAAUGGCGGUACUUUCUCUAUGUUUACAACCGAGAUGUGAGCGACGUGUUGUGCUCAGUCUGUUGAACACGCUUAGCGUCAUCUUUAGUCCUAAUCUAAAAUAAUCCGACCAAGAGGAUGGUCUUAUUAUCUUAAAGGGAGGAACAAUGUUAGAACUCUAUCCCGGACAAAUUGUUGAUAACUCGAAUAGCAGCGAAAAAAUAGAUGAAUACUUUGUUUGUACCGUUAACAAAAGUGUUGCAAUACAUAAUUUGUUUCUUGAUUUUGCUUACAUUCUCAGGUUCAGGUAUC